CGAAAGACUUGGUCAGAGAAUGAGAGAACAUCGACCACGCAAUUUUCUGACCAAUAUCUGGACCUGGCAGUCUGAUAUCGCUUAUUUUCAUAUUCGCUGGUGUCCAGGUGUUUUAUAGUAACGAAAAUGGCGACGUCGGCCAGCGCACAGCUGAGUAAAGUGGUCAAACGGCAGUACCUGGAACUGCCCCAGGGAGACAAAGUACAAGCCAUGUACAUCUGGAUAGACGGAACUGGGGACGGGCUGCGAUGUAAAACCAGGACGCUAGACUCAGAGCCAAAAAGCGUUGAAGAACUCCCUGAGUGGAACUUUGAUGGUUCCAGUACCUACCAAUCUGAAGGCUCCAACAGUGACAUGUAUCUGAUUCCUUCGGCCAUGUUCAGGGAUCCAUUCCGCAAAGACCCCAACAAACUCGUCCUGUGUGAAGUGGUGAAAUACAACCGCAGGCCUGCUGAAACAAACCAUCGUGUAACAUGCAGAAAAGUCAUGCAGAUGGUGGAGGGGCAGAACCCUUGGUUCGGCAUGGAGCAGGAAUACACUAUCCUAGGCACAGACGGACAUCCCUUUGGCUGGCCCUCCAACGGCUUUCCAGGGCCCCAAGGACCUUACUACUGCGGUGUUGGCGCUGACAAAGCCUAUGGAAGAGAUGUUGUGGAAGCCCACUAUAGAGCCUGUCUGUAUGCUGGAGUAAAGAUCUGUGGAACUAAUGCUGAAGUCAUGCCGGCUCAGUGGGAGUUCCAGGUGGGCCCAUGUGAAGGCAUUGAUAUGGGUGAUCAUCUGUGGGUAGCCCGCUUCAUCCUGCACAGAGUCUGUGAGGACUUUGGUGUCGUGGCCUCCUUUGACCCAAAGCCCAUCCCAGGCAACUGGAAUGGUGCUGGCUGCCACACAAACUUCAGCACGAAGGAGAUGCGGGAAGAAGGUGGCCUGAAGUACAUUGAGGAGUGCAUCGAGAAGCUCUCGAAGAGGCACAACUACCACAUCCGAGCAUAUGACCCCAAAGGUGGCCUGGACAACGCCCGACGGCUAACUGGCCGCCACGAGACCUCUAGCAUCCACGAGUUCUCUGCCGGCGUGGCCAAUCGCGGCGCCAGUAUCCGCAUCCCACGCUCCGUGGGCCAGGAGAAGAAGGGCUACUUUGAGGACCGCCGUCCGUCUGCCAACUGCGACCCCUAUGCCGUCACCGAGGCACUAAUACGCACAUGCCUGCUUGACGAAGAAGGAGAUGAACCCGUGGACUACUAGGCCCCUCACUCACCCUGUCUGACACCUUCUGAACUGAACUCUCCCCUUUUUUUAAAUUUGCCAUGGAGCCAAAUUAGUACUGUAUUUGGCGGGGGUUUUUUUUUUUUUUUUCCCCUCCCCACCCCCUCAUCAGAAUGGCUCCAGGCAUGCAGUUUGCAAUUUUAAUAGGUGUAAGUUGACUGGUCAACUUGAUAUUUUAAGAUUAAACUUGAUAACUGGGAAUGUGAUGGUGCAGGACUAUAUCUGACCCUCCUCGCUCGCUUUUUUUUUUUUUUUUUCCCCCCCCCCCGUGCAUCUGGUUCUCUAGGGGGAGUGAAUACUUUAACAGUGGCAUUGAAACCCCUCCUCUAUAAGCUCUUCCUGUUUUAAAAUGGACUAAAUGAAGCAAUGGACAUUAUGGCUUAGAGUUGCUAAGGCUGGAUGACCUGUAAUUUUCUUAAAGAAUGUAGCCACUUUCCCUGCCUAAUGUAACUUGACCUAAGGUUUUGCUACUAACUACAUAGGAGGUGGUGUUGAAGACUGUUUGUUUUGUAGUUCACACUGUUGUACGGUACAUGCUCUACUGUGAGGGUUCAAACACUGUCCUGCUUUCUACCUGUCUGUUGGCUUAUGCCAUUUGUCUUAAAUUCAAGUAUUUUGAUGCUUUUUGUCCCCUGCUCUGAUAUUCUUGUCUGUCUUGGUUUAAACCAAAAAAAAAAAAAAAACUGAAGUUGUUGAAUGUGGGUUUGUUGUUUUUUUUGUUUUUUGUUUUUCCCCCUCCCUCUUGUCUUACCAGGAGGCAGUUUGCAAUUGGAAUUGUUGGAUCUGAUUUAAAGGCACGCAAAGACGCCAAGAUCAGCAUUAUUCAAAUUCAUCUACAUGACUGGUUAUAACCACAUACUCUAGCCUCUUGCACUGCAGCAAAACCUGUAUUGCGGCUUGCUGCAAAAUUCACAGGUAUAUUGUUUAUUCUAAAUCAUCAUAAAACAACCCAGUUGUGAAACAAUUUCA